AUGGCUGUGGCAUUCCUGGACCAGGAACAAAGCUCCCAGGAGCUGGAUUUGGAGGAGAUAACUAGGAAAAUUUCAUUUCUUGACAAAUGGAGGGAAAUCUUUAGUUAUCACAGGUUGGGAACCAAUAAUACAACUCCUCAGAAUCAUGAAGGCAGCCAUGUGUCUGCUGCUAAGAGUGAAGAUGGAUCAGGAACACCUCAGCCCAAAAGACAAGGACUCUUGCCAUCAAGUGGCCCUUGUUCUACUCCCAAGCCCUCUAUCAUCUCUUCAAAAUCGAGCAGCUUUCCUAUCUCCCUAGCAAUGGCCACGAAGCUGCGGCAGAGCCUCUUUGGAAAUACGGUCUAUGUCUUCAGCUGUGAUUGGAAAAAGGCCUGUUUCAGGUUCCAUGAGCCUUUUUCUGACCUGGCUUUUGCUUUGGAAGUGGGAAAGGGAGGUGCCCAAAGCAUUCAGAUGGCCGUACAAGGAUUGAUCAUCAAGUACUUGCUGUUUACAAGGGAGGGGAAAGACUGUAACUUCCACAGUCUAUGUGCAAUAAGCAAGCAAGAGCAGAAGCAGGCCCUGGCUGUGGCACUCGCUGGUAUCCUGUGGGUGGCAGGAGAAGCUCAGAAGGCCACCAUCUGUCUUGUCACUGAGGACACUCAAGUCACCUCGACUCCUGACUAUGCUGGGGACAAUUUCACUGAGAGGCUUCAGCUGUUUGAAGUUUUGGAGAAAGAGGCCACUGAGAAAUUCAUCUAUGAUCAUUUACAAUGUUUCAGUGGGGAAGGAAGCCACGGUGUCAUCCUGUUUCUUUACAGCCUGAUCUUCUCCAGAACAUUUGAAAGGCUUCAGAAGGACCUAGAUGUCUCCACCAUUCAUCUGCUACAACCAAAUGCUGGAGGCUUCCUAUGCAGGCAGGCAGUUUUGAACAUGGUUUUAACUGGAAGAGCAAGUCCACAUGUCUUUAAUGGCUGUCAAAAUGGGAAGUCUCAAGAAAUACUACAUGGAGUCCCAGCACGCAGCAACGUCGGCUAUUUGCAGUGGGGGAAGCACACCUCAGAGGAUGGGCUUUCCCAGGUGGGCAGCAUGCUGAAGACUCCCAAAUUGCCCAUUUGGCUGUGCAACAUCAAUGGAAGCUACAGUGUCCUUUUUAGCACAAACAGGCAGCUCCUAGCAGACUGGAAAGCGGAGCGGCGGUUUGAUCUGCACUUGUAUGGUGGGCAGCCUUUCCAGAAAAAGCUUGCCCGUCUUACAGUUGAUACUCACUCUCAUCACUGGGAAAGUAACCAACGUGAGGAGGAACAUGGACCAGGAAGACGGUUUUCUCCAGUGGAGAUGGCAAUCAGAACCAAGUGGAGAGAAGCCACCAUUAACUGGAAUGGAUCUGUUCCCUUUUUCUAA